AUGCGCAGGCGCAAAGCGCCUAUUGGAGCUUCCCGACUCUUUUUCCGGGUUUUCAGGGCGGCCUUCCGGGGAAGGAGCGCUUCGCGAGGGGCGGGGCGGGGCGGGGAGGUAGCCGGGCGGGGUGGCAAGGCGCGGAACUCAGCUCCCACCGCUGGGUGGUCAACAAGCGCGGGUCUGGCGGAGCGCGGUGGCGCGCGGAGACCGCGAGGCGACCGGGAGCGGCUGGGUCCCCGGCGGCGCGCCCCUCGGCCGGGCCGGGAGCCGCGCCAGUCGGUGCUCCCGGCCGAGCGCGGUCCGCCUCCCUCUCAGCGAUCGUCCGCCCGGGGUGCGGCCCGCGGGCAUGCCGGAUCCACCAGGGGCGCCGCCGCCGGCGCUCGCAGGUCGCGGGUGAAGAAAGUGCGGCCUCGCUCGGCCCGGAGCGAAGACGUGGCCCGGAGCCAAGAGGUGACCCGAAGUGAAGAAGUGGCCCAAAGUGAAGAGGUGACCGAGGGCCAGGAGGUGGCCCCGAGCGAGGAAAUGGCGGCAGCCGGGCUCAGCGUGACCGUCACCCACAGCAAUGAGAAGCACGAUCUUCACGUUACCCCGCAACAGGGCUGUAGUGAGCCAAUUGUCCAAGACCUGGCCCAGGUUGUUGAAGAGGCCACAGGGGUCCCACUGCCUUUUCAGAAACUUAUAUUUAAGGGAAAAUCUCUGAAGGAAAUGGAGAAGCCAUUGUCAGCCCUUGGAAUACAAAAUGGUUGUCGAGUCAUGUUAAUUGGGAAGAAGAACAGUCCAGAGGAAGAGAUUGAACUAAAGAAACUGAAAGAUUUGGAGAAGUCUGUGGAGAAGAUAGCUGACCAACUGGAAGGAUUGAACAAAGAGCUUACUGGAAUCCAACAGGGUUUUCUGGCCAAGGAUUUGCAAGCUGAAGCUCUCUGCAAACUUGAUAAGAGAGUAAAAGCCACAAUCGAGCAAUUUAUGAAGAUCUUGGAAGAGAUUGACACACUGAUUCUGCCGGAAAAUUUCAAAGACAGUAGACUGAAAAGGAAGGGUUUGGUGAAAAGGGUUCAGGCAUUCCUGGCUGAGUGUGACACUGUGGAGCAGAACAUCUGCCAGGAGACAGAGCGGCUGCAGUCCACAAACUUGGCUCUGGCCGAGUGAGGUGAGGCGGAGAGAGGCUGGGCCGCCCUGAAGAACAGCUCCACCAGCUCUGCCCUCUCUGGGACAGAAGUGACCUGAUUUCACCAGGGCCGCUGGGGACAAUUGGCCACUUGCCAGUUUUCCUGAACCUACCCCUGUUCUCGAUGAACAAGUGUUGUCUGCAGUCCUAAGUAGAGCCCCUGUCUGUUUUCUCAUUGUUUCUCUGUGUGGCUGCGCUGUCCAGCAGCCUACCUUGUCUGGAGAGGACCUCCCCUGCCAAGUCUUCCCCGCUCUUUCGACCUUUGGGUACUUCCCUUGGGUUGGCAGAACCUCUCAUUUGUGUUGGAGUAAUUCUGGGUUUAUAGCCCCCCGGUCCUCAGAUUCAUGAGGCCUUUUUGCCCUUGUGAUUCUAUAGCCGGUAGAUGUAACCCAGAAUCACCAGGAAGUUACAUCUAGUCAGGAAUGGUGGGAGUGGUUCAGAACAGGUGUUUGGCACACGGAGUAGUCCAAAUAUUUCUUGAUUUGUAACCGAAUUCCGGAACAGAUGUCUGGGUUGUUGGUUCACAGACCUCACCACCCAGCCACAGGCCAUGAGAUCUCAGAGGCCCAUUCCUGGGGUGGGGCUUGUAUUGAUGCAUGGACUUCCUUGUACUUGAGUAAAUUUUUAGAAGGUUAGAACCUGGUGUUGACUGAAUCUCUGCUUAAAACCAGGUCACAAAUAUGGCUUAAGGGGACAGGGAGAAGAACCAUGGUGAGGCAGGUGGUGAAGGCAACGAUAAACUUCUAAGGAGUUCCUCAAAGAUAUUUCUGUUGAUCAUACCCCUUCUGAGGUCAAUGUUUCCUUCAAGGCUGUUCCUUUUAGUUUUGUGGCCUAUCCUCCCUCCCCAACUGUUAUUUCUUUUUAAAAGCAGUUUAUCUACAUGUCAGCAAGCAAAAGAAUGCUUAACUUUUUUUGGAUGAAAUAUGAGAUGCAAAAGCCUCCUGUUUUAGCUGUAAUUUGUUAAAAUCAGGAGUGGCCCUGUAUGACUCAACUGGGUCAGCUGCUGUCACCCCAUUUUUUUCACACAGUGCCCAGGAACCAGGCUUCCAACAGGCCACUCUCAGGCCAACCUUAUUUGGCAGAAAGAGUCAUUGAAGCCCCAGGGAUGUAGGACUGCAUGGGUGGGACCUAGGACAGGGGUGGACAAGUGGAUGAGACUCAGCCCAGCCCAGCCCACUUCCCACUUUAAUCAGCAGUUCAGUGUUAAUCUAAUAGUUCUUAUAUGGUAACUGUGCCUGUUGUGCCAACACAUGUAAUGAGAAUGUGUGCCAGGUACUGUUCCGAGUUCUUCAGGUGUCUUAGUCAUUUAUCCUCAUUCUGGGAGGUAGACAGAUACUGUCCCCAUGUUAACGCUGAGGAAGCAGAGAGCUUGGGUAAUUUUUCAAGGUCAUAAUUGGCAAAGCCGGGAUAUAAAGCUGGAUGGUUUGAUUGAGAACCCACACCCUUAAUCUCCACUAUACUGCCUCGCAACAGCAUGGGCUCGCUUGCUCCUCUCUUCUUUUCUCUCUCUCCCUCGUUAGUGGCCACUUCCUCUCUGGCCUUCUGCAGAGCAGUGUCUCUACCGAGCAACCAGAGCUGUCAUAAAGCGCAGAUCUCGGCAUGUCAGUCCUCUUUUUUUAUUUUUUUUUAAUUUUAAUUUAUUUAUGAUAGUCACACAGAGAGAGAGAGAGAGAGGCAGAGACAUAGGCAGAGGGAGAAGCAGGCUCCAUGCACCGGGAGCCCGAUGUGGGAUUCGAUCCCAGGUCUCCAGGAUCGUGCCCUAGGCCAAAGGCAGGCGCUAAACCGCUGCGCCACCCAGGGAUCCCCAUGUCAGUCCUCUUAAGAUAAAAGUCAAAGCCCUACCCUAAGCACUCUCCCUUUCAUCCCAGACCACUGUCCUAUUUGCUGUCUGCUGUUAGGCACUCUGGUCUUCCAUAUGCUCUGUGCCUUAUCCUGCCUGGGGGUUUUGCAUAUACUGUUCCUCUGUUUGGACAGCUCCUCACCAUCCUUCCCCAACCCGCACCCCACCCCUUUCCUGGGUAAUUCCUGUUCAUCCCUUGAACUUAACUCAAAUGUCUCUUCCAUGGCAAAACCUCAUCUGCUAUCAGAGAACCUAUCAAACCCCCAGGUGAUACCCUUUCACAAUUUGCCAUAACUUUUUUUUUUAUGAUAAAUAGCAUGAUAAACCAUGAUUUAUUUGUGGGAUUGUUUGAUUAAUAUUUACCUGUAACCCUAGACUCUAAAUUUCUUGGGUUAAGGGGUAUCUUUGUCUUGUUAACAACAUAUUUCAAGCACAUUGCCUAUUUAUAAUAGGUGCUCAAUAAAUAUUUGGAGAAUGAA